AUGUGGACCCCGGCCAGCGCUCUGCUCCUUCUGCUCGCCUGCUGCCUUUGGUCAGCCCAGGCUCAGAGCAACAGCGGCAGGAGGCAAAGCAUCUGGGAUGAACCCAUCAAAUUCAACACCAAAGGAAAGGACUUGUGCACCAUGAUCAUCACCGGUCAAGGGGAAUUCACCAGGCUGAGGCUGUCGUGCCAGGGCAGCAAGCGCUCCUACUGGUGUGAAUACGUGGGCAAGCCUUACACCUGUCGCUCCUACAACAAAAACCCUCGUCACUACUUCGUCCAGAUGAUGUGGGGCCUCAGAAAACUCCACAAUGCCUGCCAGGCGCCAAGGCAGAUCCAACCUCACAUGUGCAGGAAGGCAACUGAUGAGUCUCAAAUGGUCUUCACAUCUGCUUCCUCCUCCCGGUCCUGGCCAGAUGCUUCUUCUAGGAUGGGACCAGCCGCCUCAAGACCUCAACCUCGUCCAGCUGCGCCCACAAGGCCAGCUUCCACAAAAUCCAUUCGAGUCCCACCAAGGGUAAAGACCACGCAGAGAACCAGUCCACAGCCGACGACACCGCCUGUGGAGAGCAAUGCUAAGAGGAUGGCUCGGCAGUACUGCUGGAGGUCACUUCAAGGCAUCUGCUCCUACUUUAUUGGUUUGUUUCGGAAUUAA